AUCAGUAAAAAAAAAAAAAAGUAUUUCCGCAUGUUUAAAGUGUUGUUAUGGGCAACGAGUCCACCUCCUGUGUGUUAGACUGAAGCAGCUAAAACUCUACUCACCUGACGCUAGGUUUUAGUCACCUGUAAAUAACAUAGCUUUCGUCGCCUCGAUGGCCCAUUACAGAGCGUCAGAAUCGAAGCGAGAACAAUUUAGAAGAUAUCUUGAAAAAUCAGGAGUCAUUGACACUUUAACAAGUGUUUUAGUGGCACUUUAUACAGAGACUGACAAACCCAACGAUGCACUGGAUUUCAUAAAGCUUCAACUCUGUGCGGCCCGCUCAGAGCCGGCAGACGCUGAGGCUCUUCGCGUGGAGCUGGCUGACCUGCAACAGAAAUACAACCUGCUCAUGGAGGAGAACCAAGAGCUGAGAAACAGGCUGAUGCAGUACGAAUCCACCACCUGAGGAGGGAGCAGCACAGUAAAAGGAGGGUGUUUGUCAUUUCUGUCUGGGGUAAAAAAACAAAAACAAAAUGUUUAUUACAUAAUAAUGCAUGUAUAGUUAACAUAAAAUCAGUUAUUUUUUGUUAUACAACAAGAAGAAACUUUUGCUAUGUUAUAAAUAAAAAUGUCUUCCUCUUGAUGUCCUAAAUUGAUAAUAUUUCCUGUUUUCAACCAGAGGCACUGCUUACAUAUCACCUGAAAUAGAUACAUUAAAAAUGCUUAAAACAGAAACAUUUUAAUAAAAAUAAGUCUGAUAAAUGACAGCAAAUUCAAGACAAAUUUUUAUUCAUGUCACUGAACAAACACAAAGAUAUUUAGAAAUACAUUUCCAUAGUGUGUGAAACAUUCAGAACUGAGUAUAUUUUAUGUUUAAGUGCACUCCAUGUUUAAUGUUCUGACUGAGGAACUUUUAGGCAUGCUGUAACAUGUCACUGAUUUAAAGUAUCCAGUUGUGUAACAGCACGUUGUGACCUGAAACAACAUUAUAGAUUUGUGGCGCAGUUUUCCAUUCCCCUCUAAUCAUUCAGACAGAGAUUUAGCAUGCAGUCAGAUCAUUAAAUGUCCAUUUGGAUCUCUGUAAAAAACCUGUCAAUGUUUGGAAACAGUUCACUGUGGUCUGACCACCUGUUGAAAUCUGAGAAGUAGAUUUAAAUUUAAAUAUGAUCAGAAGGUGUAAAAUGCAUAAUCUCCAUAGCAGUAAAGGCCUUCGUGCUUCUUUAUAAGAACUUUAAAUGUGUGAAAAGUGCAGUAAUGUUGUGUUCACAUAACUGCACCCACACAUGGCUCCGUGAGAGUUUAUGUUGGGA